GCACACACAUUCAUUUUUAGUUUCAUUUGCAUCAUCGAUCAGCUUCAUAUGGCUGCUUCUUCUUCUUGGCCAGUGAUGGCCUUAGCAAUUGCUUCGGCUGUUUGUGUGUUCUUCAGCUGCUUGGUUACUGUAUCCUCACAAGAUCAGAACAUUACUACCGAUCCUUCUGAAGCGAGAACUUUGAAUUCAAUCUUCAACAAAUGGGGAAUAUCGGCAGUACAAGAUGCAUGGAAUAUAAGUGGUGAAGUAUGCAGCGGACAAGCCAUUGACAGCGCUAUCGAUAUCCAAGCCUUCAAUCCAUUUAUCAAAUGUGACUGUUCCAAUGGCAUUUGCCACAUUACUGCACUGAUGGUCUAUGCAUUGGAUGUUGUUGGGGAAAUCCCAAAAGACCUAUGGACUCUGACUCACCUCACCUAUUUGAAACUCGACCAGAAUUACUUGACGGGUUCUCUACCUCUAGCCAUUGGAAAUCUCACUCGUAUGCAAUACCUGAGCUUCGGCACCAAUGCCUUAUCAGGGGAGCUUCCCAAGGAAUUGGGAAAUCUUACCGAGUUAAUAUUAUUGGGUCUUGGAUCCAACAACUUCUAUGGUUCUAUCCCAUCUGAACUAGGGAAACUCGAGAAAUUGGAGCAAAUCUACAUAGAUAGUUCAGGACUCAGUGGCCAGAUUCCUCCCACUUUUGCUAAUCUUAAAAACCUGGUGACAGUAUGGGCUUCAGACAUGGAACUCACGGGCAGGAUACCUGACUUUAUAGGAAAUUGGUCUAAGCUCACAACUCUGAGGUUUCAGGGUAAUUCCUUUGAAGGCUCAAUACCAUCAUCAUUUAGCAAUCUGACUUCUCUUUCAGAGUUGAGAAUAAGCGAAUUAUCUAAACGGAGCUCCUCACUGGCAUUUAUAAGGAAUAUGACGUCUUUGAGUGUCUUAGUACUGAGAAAUAACAAUAUUUCUGAUUCCAUUCCAUCCAAUAUCGGUGUAUUUGUAAAAUUGACCCAGCUGGAUCUGAGCUUCAAUAACAUCAGAGGACAUAUUCCAGGAUCACUUUUCAAUCUGAAUUUAUUAACACACUUGUUUCUUGGAAAUAACAAACUCAGUGGUGCAAUACCUAGUCUGAAAAGCCCAAAUCUUCUCAAUAUAGACUUGUCCUACAACAAUCUAUUAGGGAAUCUCCCCUAUUGGGCAAACCAACCAAAUUUACAACUAAAUUUGGUUGCUAACAACUUGACAAUAGAAGGUUCAAAUAGCAGUGGCCUUCAUUCUGGACUCAGAUGUUUGCAGCAAAAUUUUCCUUGUCAUCGUGGUACUGGAAUAUAUUAUAACUUUGCAAUCAAGUGUGGCGGUCCUCCAAUUACGUUAUCAAAAAGAAUUUCUUAUGAAAGAGAUGAUGCGGUGCUUGGUCCUGCAACUUAUUUUGUAACUGAUACAACAAGAUGGGCCGUUAGCAAUGUUGGGGUUUUUACUGGGAUAUACGAGGCUCCAUACACAAGUUGGGUAUCUAAUCAGUUCAUUGGUACUUUGAACUCAGAGCUCUACGAGACAGCACGGUUAUCGGCUUCUUCAUUAAGAUAUUAUGGCCUAGGACUGGAAAAUGGGGCUUAUAACAUUUCCCUUUAUUUCGCUGAAACAUCUAUUCUUGAUAGAACUGCUACAUGGAAAAGUCUUGGAAGACGGGUCUUUGAUAUAUAUAUCCAGGGAAAACAUGUUUUGAAGGAUUUUGACAUAAAAAGGGAAGCUGGGAAUGUCUCUUUCAGAGCUGUACGGAAAGAUUUUAGGGUUAAUGUGACAGAAAACUUCGUCGAGAUCCAUCUCUUUUGGGCAGGAAAAGGGACUUGCUGCAUACCUGCUCAAGGGACUUAUGGUCCUCUGAUUUCAGCAAUCAGCGCUACCCCAGAUUUUAUUCCCAUAGUCAGUAACAAACUACCACACAGCACAAAGAAUAGGAAUGGUCUGAUUGUGGGAGUUGUUGUUGGUGUUGGAGUCGUAAGCUUACUGUCUGCUCUAGUGGUUUUCUAUAUCAUCCAGAGAAUAAAGCGUCAAGGAAAUGCUGCAGAAGAGCUUUUAGGUAUUGAUACAAAGCCAUACACUUUCAGCUAUUCUAAGUUAAAGAAUGCUACAGGUGACUUCAAUCCUGGAAACAAACUGGGAGAGGGAGGUUUCGGACCUGUUUAUAAGGGAACAAUUAAUGAUGGAACAAUAAUUGCUGUGAAACAACUAUCCAUAGCAUCUCAUCAAGGAGAGAGCCAGUUCAUAGCUGAGAUUGCAACUAUAUCUGCUGUGCAACAUCGUAAUCUUGUUAAAUUAUAUGGAUGUUGCCUUGAAGGAAAGAAAAGACUACUUGUCUAUGAAUAUCUAGAAAACAAGAGUCUUGAUCAAGCAUUAUUUGGAAAUUGUUUAAAUCUCAACUGGCCUGCGCGCUAUGAUAUCUGCAUAGGUGUAGCUAGAGGUUUAACUUAUCUUCAUGAAGAGUCUCGGCUCCGCAUUGUGCAUCGUGAUGUAAAGGCCAGUAAUAUUCUGCUUGAUCAUGAGCUUACCCCUAAAAUAUCUGAUUUUGGUUUGGCCAAAUUAUAUGAUGAUAAAAUGACCCAUAUAAGUACUCGUGUGGCUGGGACAAUUGGAUAUCUUGCUCCUGAGUAUGCUAUGCGUGGGCACCUUACUGAGAAAGUAGAUGUGUUUUCCUUUGGCAUUUUGGCCCUAGAGAUAGUUAGUGGGAGGCCAAAUUCUGAUUCAAGCCUAGAAGGGGAGAAGAUGUAUCUCCUUGAAUGGACUUGGCAGCUGCACGAGAAAAAUUGUAUACUUGGACUGUUGGAUCCUAAACUAUUAAAAGAUUUCAACGAGGAAGAAGUAAAAAGGAUCAUAGGGAUAUCUCUUCUGUGCACUCAAGCAUCGCCAUCGUUAAGGCCGACGAUGUCUCGUAUCGUGGCAAUGCUGUCUGGAGAUAUCGAAGUAAGCACUGUAACUACAAAGCCUGGAUACUUGACAGACUGGAAAUUUGAUGAUGUGAGCAGCUUCAUCACUGGGUGGGCCACAAAGGGAUCAGCAUCAGGUACAAGUCAAUAUAACUCGUCCCCAAGUAAGAGCACAGUUAGCAGUGCAGCCAAAUCGCCUGGAGAUGCUUCUAAGCCCAUUCUUAGUGGCAUUUUUGGUGAAGGUGGAUGAGAAUUUAUUGAUCAUGCAUGUUCUCAUUUUGGUUCCCAAUUCCUAUGAAUAAUAUCCACAAGAGAUAAAGAGAAUGAGGUUGUGCUCCUACAUUCUUUCUUCAAUCUUCUUUUUGGAUAAAAGUGUAUUGGGUAGUACCAUGAUAUUA